AUGGCUUCGACAUCGGCACCGCUUCCGCGCGCAGUCGUGCUCAAGGGACCCUCGACCAACUCCAAGUCGUACUUUGUCGCCCUGCCCGACACCCUCGACGAGCUCAUCGAAAAGGCAAAGAGCCUCUUCUCGCUGCCUCCGGACAAGACGCCCGUAAUCACCCUCGGCACCGAUGAGCGCGCCAUCCUCCUCCAGGAAACCAUGCCCUUCGUCCGCGACCGAGAGGCCCUCGUCUUUCGCUGGGUGGCCGCCACGCCCAAGCGCCAGCUGGGCAACCGCGUCCGGUGGGACGAGCCCAGCUCGGUUCAGUUCAACGCCAAUGCGCCCUCGUCGUCGAUCGGCACUCCCGCCCGUCCCCUCCUCGCACACGUCGGCAGGACAGCGUCGCUCGACCUCUAUUCGCCCGCCUCCAAGUCCAUCUUCUCGACGCGCAGCCCCAUGCCCGCGCCGAGCAAGAGCUCCGCUUCGCACGCCCACCGGGACCCCAGCAUCCACUUUGGCGACGGGCUGACCGCCCGACAGGCCCAUGCAAAGCGGGUCCUCCAGGAGCAAAAGGACAAGGAGGCGCGGAGGCAGAGGCGCCUCGAGGAGGCCCGGAGCGGGAUGGUCCAGGCUGCAGACGCGACAGAGGACGUGCCGCCCAGCAACGAAGAGUCGGCAAUGGAGCAGGCAGAGCAGCACGAUUGCCUCCAGGAGAUCACGCCGACAGAAGCAAGACCAACACCAACAGCAACAGCGGAAACAACGAUCACGGCAGACGACAACGCAUCUGGCCUCGACACGCUCUUCGAGUCCUCGGCGACCCACCCCGGUACGGGCGAAUCGCUCCUAAUCUCGCCCCCGCGCAAGCGGCAUCCGGACAACCUGCCGCUGGACACGCCGCCUUCAAGCGGCAGCCGUUCGUCUUCGCCCUAUCGGUCCUCGGAGCGCAAGCGAGCGUCUGAGAUGCUCAGGUCCCACCAACACCAGCACCAGCACCAGCACCAGCACCCGGGCGGCAGCGAUGAGCAGGCAAGCUCGCCCAUCCAGUCGCCUACGCGCGAUCUCUCGGCCGCCCGUCAAAAGGCCGCAUUCUCGAUCAGCGACAUCACCAACGCGCUGACGGCCGGCUCGGAGCUCAAGCGGGUGACGGAAGAGGACCUUGCUCUGGCCGAGAAGCCGCGAGCAACCGUCACCGAGGCGAUCAAGCCGGCAGCGGUCGAGGCGCACGUCCGAUCGGCGGAGAUCGACGAUGACCAAAUCGGCCCGGUGCUCGACCAGAGCGACGCCAUCGAAGACGUCCAAAUGGAUGCGCUCGAAACGCCCUCGGACGAGCCCGAGGCGGAGGCAUCGCCAGCGGUCGAAUCAUCCGAGCAACCCGAGCCCGCAUCCGCGUCCGCGCCCGAGCCCGCGCCCGAGCCCGCGCCCGUCGCUGCCGUCGUCCCGGACGCCGAAGUGGAAAAGACGUACCGCUACAUCGACAACCUCGUGCUGCAGCUCCUCUCCCACGGCUCCAACACAGCCUUCCGCGAGCCGCUGACUAUGGCUGCCAUGCACGGCCCCCACGCCAACCUGCGGCAGGUCGACCUCUUUACGAUCCGCGAGGCGAUCCAGACCAAGGCCUACGGCAGCGCCCACCUCACGGACAGCGUCAAGGCGUCCAAGGCCGUCGUGCUCGACUUUGAGACCGACCUGGCCGCCAUGUACGGCAAUGCGCGCAAGCAGCACGGCUCCAAGUCGGCGCAGGCACAGUGCGCCGACACGCUCGAGAGGUUCAGCGCGUCGUUUCUCGAAGAGUGGAAGCGGUCCAUCGACAAACGAUCCGGCCGAGACGAGCAUGCAGGCGGGGAGACGCAGAGCAAGGAGCAGCAGCGCGACGACAUCAAGACGGCCGUCAUGCGCCAGUUGACACCGACCAAGCGGGGCGAGAAGCGGCCUGUCCAGAUCGGCGGCUUCCCCUUUGCCUUUAACGGCGCAUCCCGGAUGCCAUUCCCCGGCAGCGACGCACCCGCUGCGCUCGGUCGGCCCGGCGGCGCUGCCAGCAGGAAGCUGUCGUCGCUGCAGGUCCAGCAACCUGGCCAGAUCAAGCGGACCUCGAGCCUCGAUGGACUGACGGGCGCGCUCCAGCCGUCGUCGUCGACGGCGACCAAGAAGUCGCGCUUCUCGUAUGUGGCCGAUGCCGACAAGACGGCCGUGAGCGAUGGGCCUUUCAGGGACACCUUUGCACAGGCUCGCGUCAAGGCUUCGGCCGGUGGCAGCAGGGAAGCCGACCCCCUCACCGCCUUUGAGCGUGCGCUGCGAGGUCCCGCCCCCGCCGUCACGUCGACUCCGGUCAAAGCAGCGGUCGUGACCGAGCAGCCAAACACAGGCGAACAGCCUGAUCAGCCUGAUCAGCCCGAUCAGCAGCGAAGCGACAGCGUGGUGGCCGCCACCGAGUCGUCAGCCGAGCCCGAGGAGCCCGCUCCCGCCGCGGAGCAUGUCGCAGAACAGGAUGCGAUGCUGACGCCCUGCAGCGCUGAUCGGAUCACUCAAUCGGAGCAAGCCGAGCCGCAAGAGGCGUCAGAAGCGUCGGCCGCCCCGUCAGAACAAGCUGAGAGCACGGCUAUGACCGCGACAGCGGAGCAGGCAACGGAUCUGGCGGCGGCGGCGGCAACAGAUGCAGCUCCAGCGCAGUCCUCGCCCGAAUCAGAGUCGAGCACGGCAGACGACUCGGCCGGCACAACAGCUGCUGCUGACGGCUCUCGGCAUGUCGAAGAGCAUACCGACGCCGUCAACGCCCACAACGAGAACCCUACAGAGGCAGAGGUCAGCGCCGGAGCGACGACUCCGGCAACGACGACGACGGAGAACGAGGCGGGAAGCGAGCCUUGCACACCCUCCUCGCUCAGGGCCAGCAGGCGCGGCAAGCGAGCACGCGCCUCGCACGGAGAGAUGGCGGCGCGGCUGGCGAGCGAAGCGCUGGCCGAGCUCGAAGAGGCGUCGACGCCCAACUCGAGCCAGGGCCAGAGCCAGAGCCAGAGCCAGAGCCGGAGCAGCAAGCGUCUGCAAUCGACCUCGCCAGCCAAGGCUGCAUCGUCUGCCCCUUCGCCCAGCACCGCAGCCAGCGAGUAUGCCAACCCCGUCACCGAGACGCGGCAGUCGAAGCGCAGGAGGGCAACGUCGACGACCACUUCUGCUAUCGCCACGCCUCCGCAGCCCAGGACGGUCCGUCAGGGCAGCAGGAGGUCGACUGCGACGUCGACGCCGACACACGCUUCCUCCACCACGUCGCGACACGGCCACACCAAAGAAGUGAGCCCCUUUAGCAUCUCGUCGGACGACAGCGACAGCGACAGCGACGACGACAAGCCGCUGCGGGCCCGUCCGCGGAGCGCCAGCGCAGGGAAGACUGCCAAGGCAGACGACCGAGACGACAACGAGGACGUCGACGAGGAGGACGAGGUGGAGCGCAUGUUCUCCAGCUCCCCGCCGUCGUCGCAGUCGACCUCUGCUUCGUCGUCGGGGAGUGCGUGGACGGCCAGGGCUGCUGGCAAGAAGGGCGCCGCCAGCAGGGCCGUCGCCAGGAAGCGCAAGGCCAACGACGAGGGGCCGGCGUCGAUCGAGGUCCACGUCGAGGUGCCGCGAGCCGGCCCGGUGACGAGGCAGACGAGGUCGACCCGUCGUCGGGCCGCCAAGGCGUGA